AUGGACAGAUUUAAUGAAAUUUGUUCAAGUUCUCAUAAACGAAAAGUGUCUAACGAGAUUUUUGAAACACCACAAAAACGGGAAAAGCAGCAAAAAGUAGAUGUUAUGAUAGCAGGUCCUGCAAAUGCCAAUCUAGUAUCGCCAGCCAAAGUGAACGACCUCGUAGUUGAAUUCAUUACUGAGGGACUAAUGCCAUUUUCAGUCGUUGAAAUGCCAUCCUUCAAGGCGCCAGUUACAGGUCUCCAACCAAAUCGGUCGGUAAUAAGUAGACCAACAGUCAUAAAAAGGAUCAACGAGAAGGCGACCUUGGUUAAAGAAAAUGUAAAAGAUGCAAUGGCAAAGGCUCAACAUAUUGCAACAACAACCGAUUGUUGGACAGCUCACCGAAGAUCAUUCAUUGGAGUUACCUCGCACUGGAUUGAUGAACAAACAUUAGAACGAAAGAGUGCUGCUCUAGCAUGUCCACGUCUCAAGGGUAGACAUACCUAUGAUGUAUUAGCUGCAAAGCUGGAAGAUAUCCAUGUGGAAUAUGAUAUUCAGACAAAGAUUGUCAUGACAACAACUGACAGUGGGUCUAAUUUUGUAAAGGCAUUUUCUGUAUUUGGAGCUAAUGCUGAACAACCAGAUGAGUCAGAUGACUUUGUAUUUGAAGAUGUAUCUGAACACCUUACAAGAGCGGAAGACAGCUUGGAGUAUCACCUUCCACCCCAUCAUCGAUGUGCUGCACACAGUUUAAACCUAGUGUCUACUGUUGAUGCAGAGAAAGCCGAGGAACACCCGAUCUAUAAACGAUUGAGCAGGGGAACUUUUGCCAAAUGCCAGUCACUCUGGAAUAAAUCAUCGCGUCCUCUCAGGCAGCAGAAGUUAUUGAGGAUGAAUGUGGUCUUGUCCUAUUGAAACCAAAUGCAACCCGCUGGAACUCAGUAUUUUUGGCAGUGGAGCGCCUGGUCCGCAUUAUAAAGGAGAAGGGUGAAAAUGCUAUCCACAAGCUAUGCACAGAGUUCAAUCUGCCCAAGUAAGCAUGAAAUAAAUGUAGUAGCCCAGCAAUCAAGAGUCAACAAGAUUAAUACAUAUAUUCCAUUUUAUAUUUGUAUUUAUUCAAAAGAUUGAGGGUCUGUUUGUUUUAGAAAUUUUUUUUGUCCUUUGUAGAUUUAAAGCAGAAAUCCAGUUUCUGAAGGACUAUGCCCAUGUGAUGAAGCCAGUAGCACAAUCAUUAAAUAUUUUGCAAGGGGAAAACAAUCAUUCAAAUGCUUAUAUGGGCUAUCUUGCUCCAACGAUAUCACUGCUGAAAGAAAAGCUACUCCAAAGGAGAAGCUCAACAACAGGUUUGGAACCCCUGGUAGAUGCUUCGUUGUCUGGUAUUGAUAAAAGAUUUGGUUCAAUUCUUGGUGAUGAGAAAAUCAUUGCAGCAGCCAUUCUUCAUCCAAAGUUCAAGGACCAAUGGACUGAAGACAAAGAUUUGCUUCAGAAAGGUAAUAGCCUAAUAAGAUAGUUUUACAGUUCCAUAAACAAUAAGUCUUGUGAAUAGUUCUGUAAUUUAUUGAGUUACAGUACAGUCAAUUAUAGGAUUAAUUGAUUUACAAGCAUAUGUGUUAUUAUUUUCUGCUUCAUGUGUUACUUUCUCUUUAAUUAAAUCCUUACAGGCAUUAAUGUCAUCAAUACAAAACUGGUACAAGUCGCCACUGUUGGUGAUAGUGAAGGUUCAGUAAAAAGCAUAAAUGAAGAUGAUGACAAUGAGUUUUUCAAAAGCAAGAAAAAAUCGUGUACAUCUGAGUUGGAGUUGUUUCUUGACAGUCCUGCGGAUGAAUUGGCUAUUUACUCAAGAUUUCCCAAGUUACGUCAAUUGUUUAUUGAAUUAAACACACCAUUACCUGCAAGUGCAGCGUGCGAGAGGCUAUUCAGCUGUGCUGGUUUAAUUUUUAGGCCACACCGAUGUUCGAUGAAAGAUGAUAAUUUUGAAAAUUCUCUUCUUGUUAAGUUGAACAAAAAACAUUUUAUAUAUUGA